UUUUCCCCACUUUUAUUUCCUAGUUAAAGAAAUAUAAACAAUGGAUUAAUUAAUGGAUUAGUCAAUGGAGAAUUACUCUUUCUUGGGACGAAUUGGAGAAGGUGCACACGGCGUCGUUUUCAAGGCAAAGCAACUCCAGAGCGGAGAAAUCGUUGCUUUGAAAAAAGUUCCAUUACGAAGGUUGGAGGACGGUGUACCAAACACCGCUCUGCGUGAAAUUAAGGCAUUAGAACAAAUAGAACAUCCGCAUGUUGUCAAGUUAUAUGACGUGUUUGCCUAUGGUACAGGCUUUGUGCUUGUGUUCGAGUACAUUUUGUCUGAUCUAUCGGAAGUACUGCGCAAUUACGAGCAGCCUUUGCUACAAUCGCAUGUCAAAAGUUAUAUGUUGAUGCUUUUAAAAGGCGUUGCGUAUUGCCAUGAAAAGAAUAUCAUGCACAGAGAUUUAAAGCCGGCUAAUUUACUGAUCUCUAGUUCGGGACAUUUAAAAAUAGCUGAUUUUGGUCUGGCGAGAGUGUUUCUAGAUUGUAGCAAUCGGUUGUAUUCCCAUCAAGUUGCCACGCGUUGGUAUCGCGCUCCUGAGUUGCUAUACGGCGCAAAACAUUACGACCAGGGCGUUGACUUAUGGGCGGUUGGCACAAUUUUUGGCGAGAUGUUAAACAAUUCACCGUUAUUUCCAGGUGAAAGUGAUAUCGAACAAUUAUGUUGUGUGCUUCGUGCACUUGGGACACCAAAUGAAAAAAUAUGGCCCGGCAUGAGGGAUUUACCGGAUUUUAAUAAGAUAACAUUUCCGGCUAACGAUCCAGUACCAUUCAAGAAGAUUGUACCGGACGCCUGUGAAGAGGCCAUUGAUUUAUUAAAGACGUUUCUCGUCUACUCUUCAAGCAAACGAAUUUCAGCAAAACACGCGUUACUUCAUAAGUAUUUCUUUUAUCAACCUCUACCCGCGCAUCACUCCGAGUUGCCUGUGCCCUGUUGUGUGGAGGGGAGACACGACCGAUCACGUAAUGUGAAAAGUUUCGACGUUACGUUACCUAUUGAGAAAUCGCUUGUUUCAAAAAAUCUCAUCAGCGUGUUCAAUUCUGCUGAGAAAACGACGUCCUUUCUCACUCCUGAAGGUUAAUAAACUUUAUGACGAGUUGACGUCGACUAUUUAGACUCGAAAACUUCUUAUUCUUACUCUUAAAUGAAUUACCUUUUUAAAA